AUUAUUAUAAAUAAAGCCUUAUGUGACGUCAUAAGGACAUGCAGCAAACAUUCAGAAUGAAAAUUUUAGUUUACCAAGCAAUGAAAUGAGUUCUGUAGCCGAUGCAACGACUGUGGAAAUAGUCUGCGAAGAAACGAAAGCGAAUACUCGACCCCAAACUCCAGUAAGCGAUACAAAAAGCUGGGAUAACUUGCCGCAUGUGUCGCUGAUCAAAAUCUUCACAUAUCUAAAAGAAUCUCAGCUGUUGGAACUUCAGUUUGUAUGCAAACGCUGGUAUGAUGUUAUACGGCAUACGCCCUCGCUUUGGCGAGAGAAAUAUUUUCGUUUCUCGGGCCGAGAACCACGGGACUUGACGCACCAGCCAUAUAGAUAUGCUACUCAUUUUAUUAGAACGUUUGGAAAAUACCUCCACGUACUAGAGUUUAGACUACACAGUCCUGUGAGUACAGGGGUGUGUAAAAAGUUCCAAGUUUGCGUCAAAGUUUGUCUAAAUCAUCUAGCUAAGAGUCGGGCUCGGAUCAAAGUCCUGUCAUUACCUAUGUUACAACUUGACCGUUCUCAAUGGAUGCUAUAUAAAGAAGACUUUUGCUCUGCAUUGGCCAAGUUUUUCUGCAAAAGUCAGCACAGUAUGCGCGACGUAUGUUUGCGUGGGGCGCGAGCAAAUUUUGAUGACGGUUAUAAAGUACUGUACGCUAUGGGUUACAACACUGGUGACACUGUAACCCGUCUCGAUUUGGAAGAUUUUUUCGGCCGUACUCCGACCCCCGUUUACGAUAAACCACAAUUUGUAGACUGCUUAAAAAACUUUACAAACCUUCAGGAAUUGGACCUAAACUACAGCUGUCUCUCUGAAGAAUUAUUGGACGGCUUGGCCGAAAAACUGAACCCCGAUUCGUUAAGAUGGUUUUACAUAAAAGUAUACGCGUAUGACCCGCAUAACCAAGUUGUGUGGGGGCACUCGUGGGGAGCUCUGGUCAAAAAGUGUCCAUCAUUAAAAGUGAAUAUGCUGUUUCAACGUGUCAUGACCUCUGACGAGCACUUUCGUAUUCUGCUACCUCAAAUACCACUGUCACAGGUUUCGUUUGACGGAUGUUAUUUCGCCGAUCAAUCAUGGCAACUUUACCCAACCAUUGCAAGCAUUCUACCUCUGUUUAAAAAACAUCUUCGGCGAAUUACAAUAGACUUGCCGGACACAAGAGAAGUCUUUGAAAACGAGUUGCUAACUUUAAUACAGCACUGUGACAAACUUGUCUCUUUGAAACUGUAUGCUUUCAUUACUUCAAGGUUUGUAGAUCGUCUGCUACAAAUGGUGCAGGACGGAAAGUCGAAAUUGGAAAUUAUUAAGAUUCGUAUCUACCUCCGUGACUACGACACACAAGACGAGGAAUCUGAAUUAGAUCGAAUAUUCGCCAAAUAUGAAAGAUUGGUCGGCGGCGAUCUAAAUUACUAUGCAUCAUGUGUUACCUCCAUUUAAAUAUAUUAAUAAUA